AAGUGCAUUCUCCAGGGAGAUCCCAAACUCAGACAGGCACAGCGUCUCAGCCCAGAGAUUACAGCCAUGCCCGAACCCGCCAAGCCUGCAGCCGCAAAGAAGAAAGAGGUGAAGAAGAAAGAGGACCCAAAGGCAGCGAAGAAAGAGGAGAAGAAAGAAGAGACAAAAGAAGAGGCGAAAGCAGAGGCUCCGGCAGAACAGGCGCCAUCAGAUGAAGGUAAAGGGGAGCCCUCUGCUCAGUCCGAUGCACUCUUCCUCAAGAAGCCAGAAAGCGCCUUAGUAGAAAGUGGGAAGGAUAUUGAUAUCAUAGUGCAGGUGAACGGGGCUCUGCUGCCUUCCAAGCCCACCGUCAAAUGGUUCAAGGGGAAAUGGCUGGAGCUGGGUAUCAAGAGCGGACUGAGGUUCCAGUUCAAGGACAGCUUCGACAAGGAGAAAAACGUUUACACCUACGAGCUAAAAAUUGGCAAAGUGGUAAUCGGAGACCGAGGGGACUAUCGCUUUGAGGUGGCAGCCAAGGACAAGUUUGACAGUUGCACCUUCAACAUCGACGUGGAAGCACCAAGGACAGACGACAGCGGCGCCGUGCUGCAGGCUUUCAAAAGGACAGGGGAAGGCGGCAAAGACGAUACUGCUGGAGAGCUGGACUUCAGCGGGUUGCUGAAGAAGAGAGAGGGCCAGCAACAGCUGGAAGAGGAGAAGAAGAAGAAGAAGAAGGACGACGACGACGACUUGGGGAUCCCGCCGGAGAUCUGGGAGCUGCUUAAAGGCGUGACCAAGAAGAGCGAGUACGAGCGCAUCGCCUUUGAGUAUGGCAUCACCGACCUCCGUGGCAUGCUGAAGAGGCUCAAGAAAGCCAAGGUGGAAGUCAAGAAGAGCGAAGCCUUUGUCAAAAAACUGGAUCCAGCCUAUCAAGUUGACAAAGGGCACAAGAUCAAGAUGUAUGUGGAGCUGAGCGACCCAGACCUUGUUAUCAAAUGGAUGAAGAACGGCCAAGUGAUCAAGCCCAGUGGAAAAUACAUCUUUGAGAACGUGGGCAAGAAACGCAUCCUGACCAUCACUAAGACCACGCUGGCUGACGACGCAGCCUAUGAAUGUGUUUGCGGAGAGGAGAGGUGCUUCACAGAGGUCUUUGUUAAAGAACCACCUGUCCUGAUUGUGGGUGCCCUGGAUGACCAGCAAGUGUUCGUUGGGGACAAGGUGGAGAUGGAAGUGGAAGUGUCUGAGGAAGGAGCCCAGGUGAUGUGGUCGAAGGAUGGUGUAGAGCUGACUCGUGAAGAGACGUUCAAGUACCGCUUCAAAAAGGAUGGCAAAAAGCACAUUCUCAUCAUCAACGAAGCCACCAAGGAGGAUGCUGGGCGCUACCAGAUAAUGACCAACGGCGGCCAGUCAGCGGCAGACCUUGUGGUUGAAGACAAACAGCUGGAGGUUCUUCAGGGCAUUGCUGACCUUACCGUCAAAGCCGCGGAGCAGGCUGUCUUCAAGUGCGAAGUGUCCGACGAGAAGGUUACCGGCAAAUGGUACAAAAACGGAGUUGAGGUCCGACCCAGCAAACGCAUCACGAUCUCUCACAAGGGCAGGUUCCACAAGCUGGUCAUCGAUGACGUGAGGCCAGAGGACGAGGGAGACUACACCUUCAUCCCUGAUGGAUAUGCUCUUUCUCUGUCCGCCAAGCUCAACUUCCUGGAAAUCAAGAUUGAAUAUGUCCCCAAGCAAGAGCCCCCCAAGAUCCACUUGGAUUGUUCCGGAAAGACUAAUGAAAACACCCUUGUGGUGGUUGCCGGGAACAAGCUGCGCUUGGACGUGUCCAUCACUGGGGAACCAGCACCUGUGGCCACCUGGCUGAGGGGUACUGAGGUCUUUGCGGAGAAGGAGGGCCGGGUCCGUAUCGAGGAGAGGAAUGAGCUGAGCAGUUUUGUGAUAGAGAGUGCCGAGCGCUCAGACGAAGGGAGCUACACCAUCAAGGUGACCAAUCCGGUGGGGGAGGACAUAGCGACCCUCAAUAUCAAGGUGGUGGAUGUCCCUGAUCCUCCGGAAUCCGUGCGCAUCACUUCGGUGGGAGAGGACUGGGCCAUUUUGGUCUGGGAUGUGCCCAAAUACGACGGCGGCAUGCCUGUGACAGGGUACCUGAUGGAGCGCAAGAAGAAAGGAAGCAUGCGUUGGAUGAAGCUGAAUUUCGACGUUUUCACCGAGACAACCUAUGAGUCCACCAAGAUGAUUGAGGGGGUGCUGUAUGAGAUGCGUGUCUUUGCCGUCAACGCAAUCGGAGUCUCUCAGCCCAGCCUGAAUACCAAACCUUUCAUGCCUAUUGCCCCCACUAGUGAGCCACUCCACCUCACCCUGGAGGAUGUAACAGACACCACCGCCACUUUGAAGUGGCGUGCUCCAGACCGGAUUGGUGCAGGGGGCAUUGAUGGCUACCUCAUUGAGUACUGCAAGGAAGGAACCGACGAAUGGGUAGCUGCCAACACAGAGCUGGUCGAACGCUGUGGCUACAAAGCUAAGGGACUUCCUACAGGGGAGAAGCUUUUGUUCCGGGUCAUUGCAGUCAACAUCGCUGGCAAGAGUUUACCAGCCACCCUUGCGUCGGCGGUCACUAUCCGAGAGAUUGUCCAGCAGCCCAAGAUCCGCCUUCCUCGCCAUCUCCGGACGACGUACAUCAGGAGAGUUGGAGAACAGAUCAACUUGGUGAUCCCAUUCCAGGGUAAACCCCGCCCUGUAGUCACCUGGUCAAAGGAUGGGAAGCCUCUGGACCCCAAAGAGAUCAACAUCCGCACCACCGACUUGGACACCAUCCUUUUCAUACGCAAAGCUCAACGGCACCACUCGGGCUUCUACGAACUCUCGGUUAAGAUUGAAAACAUGGAGGACAAGGCCGUCAUCAAGAUCCGGGUUGUUGAAAAACCAGGUCCAGCGCACAACGUGAUGGUGAAGGAAGUGUGGGGCUUUAAUGCCUUAGUAGAGUGGGAGCCUCCCAAGGACGAUGGGAAUUCAGAGAUUACGGGCUACUCCAUCCAAAAGGCUGACAAGAAGACCAUGGAGUGGUUCACAGUAUACGAGCACAACCGCCUCACCCGCUGCACGGUGUCUGACCUCAUCAUCGGCAACGAAUACUACUUCCGAGUCUACAGCGAGAACAUCUGUGGGCUUAGCGAAGCUCCCGGGGUCUCCAAAAACACCGCCAACAUUCAGAAAUCCGGAAUAAUCUGUAAACAGCUAAACUACAAGGAACACGACUUCAGCCUUGCCCCUGUGUUCAUGACGCCACUGGUAGACCGGACAGUCGUGGCUGGGUAUACCACUGCCUUGAACUGUGCUGUGAGGGGGUUUCCUAAACCCAAAAUAAUCUGGAUGAAGAACAAAAUGGACAUCAGCGGGGACCCAAAGUUCCUGCAGAAAAACAACCAGGGAGUGCUGACCCUCCACAUCCGCAAGCCGGGCCCUUUUGACAGCGCCACUUACUCCUGCAAGGCCGUCAAUGAACUGGGGGAAGCCAUUGUGGAUUGCAAGCUGGAGGUCAAAGCACCACAGUAAUCUUAUUGCCACAACUGCCAACACCUGGAAAA